ACUUAGCUAAUUAGUUAACUAUUACUUAGCUAAUUAGUUAACUAUUAGAUAGCUAAUUAGUUAGUUAGUUAGUUAGUUCAUUGAUUAUGAAUAACUAAUUAAGAAGUAAUUAGCGAAUACCUCGAUAAACGAAUUAAGAACAAACUUGAAAACUUCAGGAUAGGCCUUAGGAUAUGAGCCGCAUAUAUGGUAAAAUUUUUAGCGAGAUCGGACUUCAAAAAGUUCUUUCCAAGAAAUCGAAAUUUCGUAGCCUUUAAAUAGAGUUGAAACGAAAAACGUUUGUUUUAGUAUUAUUCUAGGAACUUUUACCAUUGACAUGAGCCCCUUGGAAUCAAUAUCGAACUUUUCAGUUCGUUACCAGAGCAUUUGAUCGAUAGUGAAGUCGUACUCAGUCACAUCGCUAACGCCGAACAUAUUUUAUGUUUUUGAAAAAUCUAGACAUGCUCACAAUAAUUUUACACCGGGAUUUAGUAGCCUUAGGAGUCAUGUCUAGCUAUCGCGUAUUAAGUUUUCGGCGAUUGUGCAACACUUGAAAAUUUUUAAAAACCAAUGUAUAUCAAGUAACAAUUGAUGUCACCUCGCUAACAAAUGAUUUAGCCCAUAAUAUCUAUUAUUUAAAUUAAAAUAAUUUGAAAUAGAAAAUGUUAUUACAGAUAAAAAAACAAAAACAAAGUUUUGAUGAAAAUUUUGUUAGUCUGAAAAAAAAUCAGUUUCUAGAAAAUUAACUUAUAGAAAUCUAAUGGAUUGUUUCCUUGCAAGUAAAACAUAGAUUAGAAUGUGAUACAAACAAGUUUUUGCAAUCGUCUGUUUCUUUUUUACAACAAAAAAAUUUUUAUAUUGAUGAAAUUUUCUCAAAAAAUUUGACUUUAAUUUUUCAUCUACUUAACAAUUUAUUUAAAUAUGAAAUUGUUUACAUUUAUUAGAGUGACAUUAAAAUUGAGUUCAUCAUCAAAAACUGACUCGAAUGAUAAGUGUGAUAAAAGAAUAUUUCACGUGAUCUGCGGGUGAAUGUACUGAAAAAGAGAACUGAGAAGAAAACCAGAUGUCUUCUUUUGUCAAAUAUAUCAUUUGACUCAUUUUUUUUAAAAGCUAAACUCAAUUCUAAUGUUUUAUUUGUUGCUUUCGAUACAAGCGAUCGAAUCUAAGGCUUAAACUAAAUAAAAAAAAGCCUUCUGUAUCUAACAAAAUAUAAAGAAUUUCAUAUUUGUAUAUAAACCAAAGACGAUCGUACAAUCAAAAAAAACGUUCGUCAAAGUCAUUCACACUUGCGAAGGCAGAAAAACUUAUUCUUUCAUGUUGUCGAUAGUUUAGAAAGCGAAAAAAAAAAUUUAUCACCUUAUUGUACUAGAAUGUUUCUAUUAUUAUUUUUUUUAGGCUGCUUACCCACCUAAUCAUUAUAUACGUCAAGUACCACAACGUAAAAUUCAUUUAUUUACAUUUUUACAAUUAAUUCAACUUUCAAUUUUAUGUAUAUUGGGAUUUUCACCAAUACUUUAUACGAAAUUAAUUUUACCAAUAUGGUUGGUUGUUAUGGUUGCUUUUCGAUAUCGAAUAUUACCAAAAAUAAUUGCAACGAAAUAUUUACGAGCAUUAGAUCAACGAUUAUAG